AUGACAGGAACCAGCAAGCGCGACUGGGUCGAUAGGCUUAGGGGCUUCCAUAAGGUGACAGGCAGUGCGUACUGGAUUGACAGGAACAUUGAGUACGACGACGUCCGAUGGCAACUAUGCCGAGCGUGUUGGAGCCGGGCUCCCGUCUACCUGACUGCCGUGAUGGAGUAUCUGGCCGCUGAAGUUCUCGAGUUGGCAGGAAAUGCCGCCCGUGACGACAAGAAAACCCGAAUUAUCCCACGUCACCUGCAGUUGGCCAUCCGCAACGACGAAGAGCUGAACAAACUUCUUUCCGGAGUGACCAUCGCUCAGGGUGGUGUCCUGCCAAACAUCCAGGCCGUCCUGUUGCCCAAGAAGACCGAAAAGAAGGCCUAA